UAUGUGCUAGCUGAAGAGAUAACAAUAUCAAAAUUAUACUACUACUGCCUUUAAGAUAUUAUAUUACUGGAACAAUCGACUGAUAUUACUUAACCAGUAGUAAAUUCGUUAAAUAUAAUUGCUGACCGCGAGUAGACUUAAAUGGCUUUAUUCGAUCGACGCAUCUAGUGGAAUAUAUCAUGCUUGUAAUCUGGUAAAAAGAAGCACAGGAACUGUCAGCGAAGUCUUAAAGCGGCGCAAGGAACUGCGAGCGAGCAACGCCAGAUCGUCGCGAGCGAUCAAUCAGUUUGUCGUUUCAUUCUUCGAUAUCACCUGUCAGUGGAAGAAUACGAAGAUAGAAACUUUAGCGGAGGCAAUCUGUAAAAAGACAUGAAGCUCUUUACUUUGGUGAAGGUCGCCUACGUUAUGCUGAUAAUUAUCCUGCUGCUGAUGAUGUGGGCGUCCGUCGUGCGGAUGCACGAGCUACCGGUUCAAUAUCCGCCCUGCUUCUUCAAUCUGCUCUGCACCUGCUCGAAGGCCAUACCGGAUCUCGGCAUCGUCGCCUGCUACAACGUGCCGAUGCCGCGAAUACCGCAACCGAUCAAUUCCUCCAAAAUGUUCAUGCUACAGCUGGAGAACAACGGACUGAGGUUCCUGCAGCCGCAGUACCUCAUGAACACCAGUCUCUACAAACUACAAAUAAGGCAUAAUCCCCUGGCGGACAUUCCAGAUGAAGCCUUUCUAGGUCUCGAAAGAUCGUUAUGGGAGCUCGAUUUAUCCUACAAUCAGCUCGCAAGUGUGCCGAGCAAAUCAUUCAGACAUCUACAAAAACUCCGGCUUCUCGAACUCACCGGUAACAAAAUAUCUCUCAUCACGUCGGAGAAUUGGCGCGGUCUGGAAAACUCUCUGCAGACUCUACGUCUAGGUCGAAAUGCGAUCGAGAAACUGCCGGCCGACGCCUUCGCCGGUCUCACGUAUCUGGAGAUCCUCGAUCUUCGAGAGAAUAGCCUGAUGGAGAUCGAUUCGUCGGUAUUUAGGGAUGGAAUGGCUUACCUAACGCAUCUCUAUCUGAAUGACAACCAACUGACGUACGUGCCAUACGCCCAGCUGUCCCAGUUGAAGCGCAUGAAGGUCCUCGAUCUCAGCUACAACAGGAUAUCGAGAAUGUUGCAAACGCAACAGGAACCGGAGAUUAAGGGCAUACAGAUGUCCCUGGAUAUGCUGCGACUGGAUUACAAUCAGAUCGAGAUUCUCGCAUCCGGUGAUUUUCAGCAUUUUCAUAAGGUCAACCGCACCUAUCUCAGCGGCAAUCCUCUGACGAUGAUCGAGGAGGACACAUUCCGAGACUCGCGCAUUCGCGAGCUAUACUUGAACGACUGCGAUUUACUGGAGAUCGACUCGGUCAAUUUCGUCGGUUUGGAAUCGACUCUCGAGUUAAUGGACGUCUCGGGAAACAACAUAACUAUUCUUCCCAACCGGCUGUUCCAGGAUUUCGACUUCCUGCAUACACUCAUCUUCCGCGAGAAUCGCAUCAACACAUUUUCGCCAACCGAGAUCUUCAAUGGAUUCCAAUAUUCCUUAUACAAUUUGGACCUUAGCGGGAAGCAGAACGGCGUCGUCUCCCUUCAAGAUCUACGACAGAUGAGAAACCUGCGUUUCCUCUCUAUCUCUAGGAUGCCGCAGGCGACCUUGUCUGCGGACAAUUUUCUAGAGUUCGGUAUGGACAUCAAGGAACUAUGGAUAAUCCAUAGUAAUCUCAACACCAUCAAAAGCCACGCUUUUAUGCACGUUCGUGGAAUCAAGUAUCUCGAUUUCUCCGAAAACUCGAUAUCGACGAUAGACGACGAGGCCUUUUCAGAGGUAGGCCAUUCUUUACUGACGUUAAGAAUAUCCCACGGUCUGUCCUCGACGAUUUCCGAAAUACCUAGUCGACCGUUCAAAUCGCUGACGAAUCUGCAACAUCUCGACUUUAGCAACAACAAGAUUCGUUCCUUACCAGCUACGUCGUUCCACUUCCUGAAGAGGAUCAAGCGCAUCGAAUUGCAGGAUAACGAAAUCGAUAAUAUAUCCAAGGGUACUUUUCAGGGCGAUAUCCAUUCGAUGCUGGAAGAGAUCAACUUUGCGUUCAAUCAAGUAAAGAGUCUGCAAACUCACACGUUCGUCGAUCUAUCGGCCCUGAUGACGAUCAAUCUGGAGGAUAAUGUUAUCAGCAGGAUCGAGAGGCGGGCCUUCAUGAAUAUGAACCGACUCAAAUACAUCAACUUGCGCGGCAACAAGAUUACGGAUAUCAACGACGAAGCCUUCCAGAAUCUACCGGAUCUUGAGUUUCUGGAUCUCGCAUAUAACAAUCUUCACGAAUUUGAUUUCGCCUCCUUCGACCAAGUGGGCACGUUGUCGUCGUUCAAGGUCAACGUUAGCCACAACGAAAUUCCGAGAUUAUGGAUAAAUAGCACCGCUUUUGCACCUAUUUCUGUCAUCGGCAGUACCGUGCAAUCGAACAUCAAGGUUCUGGAUUUGAGUUACAAUAACAUCUCCGACAUCAUGAAGUAUUAUUUCAAGCCGGUCGAAUACUCGCUUACCCAUCUGUAUCUGUCGAACAAUCAGCUGAGAAACAUCACCCAAACUGUCUUCGGCAACAUGCCGCACCUGCAGUGGCUCGACUUGCGGCGCAACGACGUGAGCGAGGUGGACUUUGACUGUUUCAAGAACACGAGAAAUCUGCAGGUGUUGUUUCUCUCGUGGAACGAGAUCACGGACAUCCCGGCAGAGGCUUUGAGGCCGCUGAAGAAGUUGCGCAUCGUUGACCUGUCCCACAACAGGCUGCGAACGUUGCCGGACAACGUGUUCGCCGAAUGCAACAUAGAGAGCCUCGAUCUCUCGCACAAUCAAUUCACAAGACUGCCCAUCAAGAGUAUGUCCUUGAUCUCCGCCGCGAGCUUAACAAAUCUGGAUAUGUCCUGGAACGUCUUAUCGGGGAUCCACAGCACCGACACGAUAUUCAGACUCAGGAGUCUGGUGUGGAUGGACUUAUCGUACAAUCGACUUGUCAGAUUAGACGACGGCGUAUUUUCCGAGCUACCACAUCUGGUCCAUCUCGAUUUAAGUCACAACAAGCAACUCAUCUUGGAAAGCCGCGGAAGAACAUUCUACGGUUUAGAAGACACUCUUCUGUACCUCAGUCUAAGCAACAUUUCCCUCUUGAGCGUUCCAGAAUUGCCUCUACGACGGCUGCGAACUUUAUACCUGGCGCAUAACGAGUUAGCAUCAGUGCCGGCGGAAAUGUCAUCGAAUCUGACGUCUCUGCACUAUUUAGACUUGAGUUUCAAUGAUCUGACGAUGGUGCCGUUGAUCACGCACUCGCUGCCUGAAUUAAAGACCUUUAAUUUGGCGGAUAAUCCAAUCACAGCUAUUACGAACACGAGUUUCCUGGGCGUGGCCGACAGCCUCGAAGAGCUGGAUAUACGAAGACUCACUCUGUCAAUUUUCGAGACAGGUGCGCUCUGCAAAGCCAGCAAACUCCGCAAGUUGCACAUCACUGCGUAUAACGGUGUGAAGAACUUUAAUUUUCCCAAUAUUCUGCAGCAUAAUCAUGGUCUGAAGCAUUUGCUCAUUGAUGUUCAGAAUGACACCAAUCUAGAAAAGGAAAUGAGAGGGAAAUUACCCUACAAGUUAUACAAUAUUACGUUGACUGGUAGAGUUUUAAAGAACAUACAUCCGCAAAUACUGCACGGCAUGCGAAAUCCUCGCCUUUACUUCGGCUUGUAUAAUACCAGCGUGGCGACCGUAUCGCGGGAAAUGUUCAACAACGCUCAUCGAGUGCGCAAUAUAACUGUGGAAAUUCACCAGAGCAACACUCGAACGUUGCACAAUCCGUCGUCCGGUUAUAAGCCAGGAGUAUCUGGGGAGCGAUUUAUCAUGAAGCUGCGAUUAGCAGGCAGCUAUCUCAACUGUGAUUGCGAUGUUGGGUGGAUCGAGGUAUGGCAGAGGAAGCACAGACAAUAUCAAGAAGAUCGAUGUACGUCUUAUGACGAAUUCAAGAACUUCGAGCACGAGGAAGGCGAUGAAUUCAAUUGUUGGGACAACGGUUGGGACGAUGAUCUUCGCGAGACGUUCUGUCUGAACAAGAACAAUAUAUCGUUGUCGAACGCGUUGAAAGUAGACUUAGAAUGCGGAUGGGGUGCAGCGAGUCACGCUAUAGUACUGGACACUCUUGCUCUUCUAUUGUUCUCGAUCGUCCUGGUUAUUGUUUAUUAAAAACGUUUCGUACAUGUUACUUUUUAAUUCGAGAUUCUCGAAUCGACUUGCGAGAAAAAUAUUCUGAAAGAACGACUAUAAAUUCUAUAAAUGUUUUCACUUAGAUAGCAAACGUAUACGUCAUUUUGACAUCGUGACGUCAUAAAUGACAUUAUUUUGAUGUUUAA